UAGAUAGUAGUUUUUUAAGUACCGGUAUGGUGCUCAGUAUUAAGUCUGUGUCUGUUCCAUUAAAACUCUUCCACAGUAAAUAUUAGUAAGUUGAACAGCGGUACAAUAUCGUGAACCGAAGUGGCAGAUUCCACAUUUGAAGCAGAGGUAAAGAAAUGGAAAACGAAAUGUUUGAGUGAAGUCGGUGGCAAUCCUGAUCUACUGAAGAAGCUUAUGGGAAGGCCUGUAAUACCAAAAUCAACUGUAGAGAAAUGCUUCUUGAAAUGUGUGUACAAAGGGUUGGGAAUAGUGGCAAAUGAUGAUACAUUCGUUCUCGAAAAAAUAAAAGAAAUACUCAAGGAACUGUUAGGUGGGAACGCUUUCAAAAUCGCGGAGAAUGUUGCAGAUAUUUGUUCAUCAGAAAUAAAAGUAGAUCCUGCCGAAGAAUGUUCUAUCGGAAAAUCUGUUAGAGCCUGCUUCGUGAAAAAGGGAAAGGAGUUGAGCUUCUUUCCAUACUUGUAGUUCCGAUUGGCUAUACAACUACCUAUUUUAUGAAAAUAUCGACUGGCUAUGAUUUCUAUUUGAAAGCACAUCACUAUAAUUCAG